AUGGCGCUGAGCUCUCCCCUCACUGCCGCUUCUCAGAUGGCGAGCUUAGGGCUUCGUCCUCCCCAGUUCUCCGAGGAUGUAGCUUGGGUUCCUGCUUGGUUUCAGAAUCUUAGAGCAGAUGGAUCUUGUGAAUAUGUAAAGGAGUCCCAAAUUCAUUCCAAUGAAAAAGUGAAGGAUCUGGCAAUUUCUCAGGAAAAUUUUGGUGAGGGCAAAGACAUCAAUGCACUAUCAAGGGAAGAAGGUGGGUACAAGAGCUGUCAUUUGUUCUUAUCCGGAGAAGAUAAUUCUCCCACUAGUCCUGCUUCAUCUCCAGGAAAUGAACAAGUAUUACACUUUAGCCUGCGCCUUUCAGGUGUCGAUCCACUGUUUUCUCCAACCCAGGGUUUGAAUACAUCUAAUAAUUUAGCUGCAUCAAGUAAAGUUCUGUCAGUGCAACCAGUUAAAAAUGCUGUUGAUCUUGGAGAGAAUCUGCAUUCCAUGAUGGAUGACUGCGCCUCCGAACAGAGUAUUUUGCCUUGUUCCAUUCCUGAAACAGUGAAAGUGGAUGGUCCAAAAUGUCCUGAUAAUGUUGAUUCCGUUAGAAAACAGAAAGAAAAAUCCAAGGUCACGAGCUUUAAAAAUGCAGACAUCAGUAAUGCAGUUGAACUUUCUAUUGCAGCGUCUGAGGCGUUGGUCAUACAUGAAUUAGUAAAGAUGAAACCAGUUUCAGAAACAUAUCCUGCUGAAGCUGUACUUGAAGUAGCCCUCCGUGUGAAGCAGGCUAGGCUUGAGGAUUUGGAAGACGGCUUCCUUUCUUCAAACGAGGAAUCUGAUUGGAGUGAUUCUCUUUCUGAUUUGAAUGAUGUUAAUAUGGAAGAUGCUUAUGAAGAUGUGGGGUUAUCUUCUGGCAUCUUCCCUGAGGAACGUCAGAGUUCAGCAACGUCUCAAGUCAAAGACAUCUCUGAUGCUGAAAAAUAUCAUGGAUGUGUUUAUAAAAUUAGAGAGCAUAUAUCUCAAUUUGUUAAUUUAGAUGAUAAUUUAGCAAAGAAAUCAUUAGAAGUCGAUGCAGAGAUCGAUAUGCAGCCAAAAGAAGACCCACCUGUACAGUCUCUAUGUUGUGAGAGGGAUAAGCAUUCUGAUAACCCUGGUUUGGGUCAUAUUUGUCAUCAUUUUUUACAGCAUACUUCCAGUGUUUCUGCCCAAAACCAGGCAGUUGGUCCAGCUGAUUCAGCUUCAAACAGACUCCAAAAUAACGUCAAAUAUUCACUGGUUGGAAAUACCAAAAACGGGAUUUUGGCAAGUUACUUGAUUCCAGACAGGUUUAAAAGCCGCUGGUUAGGUGGUUGGACAAGUGAGGAAUUGGAUUCAUUCCUAUGCAACCAGAAAAAUGCAGAACGUAAUUCUAAGUUUUUCAUCAGAGAGACAAGUUUUCUUUCAGAAUCUGCUGGUGAUGUUCCGGAUGAGAAUUCUUGUGUGCAAAAACAUGACUUUAAGGGUGGAAUUGGUUCUCAGUCAAGCAUACCUUAUGAGACCUUGCACAGAGCUGAUGAGGGCAUAUUGCAUUCUCAAAAUGAGGCCCAAUGCUCUAAUCUGUCACUGGAUGACCCUCUUUGUUCAGUUGUUCCUUGUAGCAUUCCUUCAGAACUGAUCAAUUCCAAACCUCAGAGACAGGAUAUUGAUAAUGAUUUAAAUGUCUCCCCCAUUCCUGAACUUGAAGUUGACAAUUUUCAGAGGACCUCAGAUCAUAAUGUGGCAUCAGAGGAUAGAGAUGAGCAAAUAAUGUCUUCACCAGAUGGAGAAGAUAUUCCAGCCACUAUCAGAAACAAGGUUCAACAAACGCCUCAGAUGUUGACUAGUGUUGCUCAAACUUGUCGGAAACAGUUGAGGUCUCUUAAGACUUAUAGCAUGAUUAUCCCUAACCAAUCUCUUUUCCGAAAAUGCAACCAGGCACUACUUUCAACUAAUCAGGGGAAUGGUAUUGCUGCCCUCUCAGAUAAAAGGAGUUCGAAGGGUCUCUUUGCAUCCAAUUUCCCGGACGGAAGCAAAACGAUGCAAAAUCAUGAUAUCUUUGAUAAUCACAAGUCAAAUACAGAAAUGAGAUACGGGAAGAGAAUCGAUGAUUUAAAAGAAGCAGAUGAGAGUGGCAUUCCAGCGGAAUCAUCUGAAGAGAGGGCAGCAACUCCAAUUCUAAAUGAUAGGAUAGAACAAUCCUUGCUGGGUCCAGAGAUUGUUGGGAAUGAAAUCGAUGUGGAGAAACAUAGAAACAAGCACUUACCACCGAAAUCUUUCGUCCAGCAUCAACAGAACAACAUUAACAAGUUACAAGCUGACUGCAAUGAAUUCCAUGGUGGACAUGUCGGAGUCAAAAAGCAUGUACGUUUUUCAGGGGAAGAGGAGCGGCUUCAUCUGAAAAGGACUCUCUCGAAGUUUGAAUCUUCAUAUAAUAAAAGUUCGUCUGUCAGAGCAAAAAGAAGAAAAGCUUCCAAGUCAUUGGCAAAUUUUGUGCCCCAUGUGAAACAUUCUCUAACAAAUUAUUGCAGAAAGGUAAGGACGAAAUAUAUAUUUCUAGGCACAGAAUUCCUUCUCACUGGAUUAUCUAGUCAGAAGGAAAGAGACAUGGAAGCACUUAUAAGAAAUUCUGGCGGGGUGGUUCUUUCUGACAUUCCCUCUCCUCCAAUUUCGAGGAGAAAGAGAAGUUCUACAUCCUCUCGCCAACAACUUCCUGUUAUUCUUUGCAUGAGAAAGCUACAAACCGCCAAAUUCUUGUAUGGAUGUGCCGUUGGAGCCUUGAUACUUAAAGUUGAUUGGCUAACUGAUUGUAUUGCUGCUGGAACUAUUGUAGAGCCUAAGAAAUACAUGAUUCUUCAUAACCGGAAUGACAUGAAGUUGACCAUAACAAGAAGGCUAGUUCGUCAUAAUAACCUAAAGCCGAUUUUUGAGGGAGUAGGGUUCAUGCUACAUGGCAAGCAUAAUUUCUGCACAAAAUUGGCGAGUAUUACCAAGCAUGGAGGCGGACAGGUAUUCAAAACCCUUCAGUGGUUAGUUAGGAGUAUUGAUGAAGGAAGGAUUUCUGCGGGAGCUAUUAUUGCCGAAGAUAAACCUUCUAUAUCUCGUCACUUGAAAUCAUGUGCCUUGGAGAAGGGGAUUCCUAUUGUGCCUUUAAGUUGGAUCAUUAAGAGCUUAUAUUCAGGGGAGCUGCUUCCUUUCACAGAAGAAAAUCGUCCAUCUCUAUUUCCAAUAACUAAUGUCCUAGAAGUUCCAGAUUCUAUGGACAUGAGUGAAGAAAUAUAAUAUUGUUUCUGCAGCAGCAAUUUACUAGGAUCGUGAGAUAUGAAAUUAGUGGUGAUGGUUGAGUACACUUCAAAGUGGUUGCUUUAGUUGACAUAUCCAUCAACAGGUGUUACAUCAAAGUGGAAAGGGCCGUAGCUCUCAAGCACCCAACUCGGCUCAAAUCUGAAUUAGCUGGAAUCCAAUGUGGCUCCAAAUACCAAAUUCUGUCACCAGGAAGAGGGAAGGAGAAGGUGCAUCCAAGGUCCAAUACUAAUCUAUGGAAGGGCUCUGCUUCAAGUUCUUAAACUUCUAAAGGAUUUGCUCUCCCUUUCGUGAAAGCACUGGAUUCACAAGCUAAAAGAGUUCUGCUCUAUUAAUUUUGAGCAACAGGCAACCCUAGCAAUUUCAUCAAUGCGAACCAACUGGGUAUAAGUGCAAAAAAAUUCCUGCAUCGAAAUAUGGAAUUGGACCUACAUGUAAAAACUUGGAGAGUCAAUGGAUAGCACAGAUGGAUUCUCAGUCCAGGUAUGGGUUGAUCCUACUGUUUUGGCCUUCUCAUCGGCCUUUUUCAAUUGUUAGCGAAGAGAAAGAGUGCUGAUUUUUUUUUUCCCCAGCUUGAGUUUAAUUUCUUUGAGGAGCAUCAUGAAUUAAAAAUAUUAUAUGGCAUCAAAUCAACAUGUGCGGAUAUCUUUCAAUUUGUUCAA